AUGGGUUCCCGUAGCCAAGGUUUUUUCCACCACCAUCACCACCACCACCACCACCGGAGCUCCGUGGUGCCCACGACAGUUCCUAGACUGAUACCUGAGACCGGAAGCCUGCUGGGGGGCAUCGCUCAGAUCACCCCCUCCUUGUUCCUCAGCCGUGGUAACGUGGCAUCCAACCGCAGCCUGCUGCUGUCUAAAGGGAUCACCUGCGUUGUCAACGCCACCAUCGAGCUGCCCAACUUCAACUGGCCUCACGUGGAAUACGUCAAAGUCCCGCUGGCCGACAUGCCUCACUCUCCCAUCUCGCUGUACUUCGACAGCGUCGCCGACAAGAUCCACAGCGUAGGGCGCAAACGGGGCGCGGUGCUGGUGCACUGCGCGGCCGGGGUGAGCCGUUCGGCCUCGCUCUGUCUUGCCUACCUCAUGAAAUACCACAGGGUCUCCCUCGCCGAGGCUCACGCCUGGGUCAAAGCCCGACGACCCGUCAUCCGCCCCAACGGAGGGUUCUGGAGGCAGCUCAUCGAAUACGAGAGAAAACUCUUCGGUAGGAACUCGGUCAAAAUGGUGCAGACUCCAUACGGGGUCAUACCUGACGUGUACGAACGGGAUCGAAGGAACCUGGCGCCUUACUGGGGUCUGUAG